AUGGCUUCAACAGAUGGAUCAACAACUCCGUCGUUGUCUUUGGACGAGAAAAUUCGCAACAAGAAUCAAGAUCCUGAAUUAGCUGUGGCGGAAGGUCAAAUGGAACAACGCCAGCAGCCACGGGGCUCAUUCUCCAAGCAUGACGCCUCACAAGUUUCCGAGCAGCCUGGAGUUUCGGGUGAUGGAGGGGAAGAAACCUCUGAACCAACUCUACAAACAGGCUGGAAAUGGUGGUUAAUUUGCUUCGGUGUUUAUUCAACUUGCCUCAUGUAUGGGCUCGACACCACAAUUGCAUCAGUCGUUCAAGCCCCGGUCGUUGAUACGUUCAAAGAAGUCUCUCAGGUCGCAUGGAUUGGUGCUGGCUUUCUCCUUGGAUCAACAGCGGUUAUCCUUCCCUACGGCGCCAUGUUCAAUACUUUUGAUCUGAAAUGGAAUUUUAUCGCGGGAGUUAUUCUGUUUGAAGGAGGAUCAGCACUAUGUGGAGGCGCCCCAAACAUGGGUGCCCUCAUCGUAGGCAGAGUGAUUGCUGGUGUCGGUGGUACCGGUAUCUUCUUAGGGAGUCUCAACUAUAUGACAGUCCUUACUCCCCCAAAAGUAAGAGGAACAUAUGUCACUGGCGUUGGGUUCUUUUGGGGCAUUGGCUGCAUCCUUGGCCCCAUCGUUGGUGGUUCUUUGUCAGACAGCUCGGCAACUUGGAGGUGGGCAUUCUACAUCAACCUUGUCAUUGCCGCCGUGACAGCGCCAGUGUACCUCUUAGUGCUGCCCUCGUAUAAGCCCUCUUCAGAUCAGUCGCUCAUGACACGCCUUGUCAAAUUGGACUAUCUGGGCUUCGCUCUUAGUAUCGGCUUCUGGGUCACUUUUGCACUUGGCUUUCUAUCCGCAGGAGGGAUCUGGAAGUGGAGCGAUGGACGCACAAUUGCCACAAUCACGAUGUUUGCCGUCUUAUUAGCAGCUUAUGCUUUGCAGCAGACAUUUUGCAUAUUUACGACACCAGAGACGCGUUCAUUCCCCCUCCAUCUCUUGAAAUCGAGAACUCAGAUUCUGCUCUACAUCGAAGCAGCCGCCGCUAUGGCUGCUAUUUACGUACCAAUCUUCUACAUCGCCAUCUAUUUCCAGUUUGUGCGUAAUGACAGCUCGCUUGAAGCUGCCGUACGCCUACUGCCCUACAUCAUCCUGUUCAUUGUCGCCAACUUGGGCAGUGGUUACCUACUUCCCAAGGUGAACAGAUACAUUAUUCUUUACGUCGUCGCGGGAGUCCUUCUUACGAUUUCCGGAUCACUCUUAUAUGUCUACCUCACCCCGACGACAAAACCAGCUACGAUCUAUGGACUCAGCAUCAUCGAAGGAAUUGGCGCCGGAAUCAGUGCCCAAGUCGGCUUCUCCAUUGCGACGCUCGAGUCGGGUCCUAAAGAUGCCGCACACGCCCUAACACUUCAAAAUCUGGGCCAACUCGGAGCGGGCGUGAUUGCGCUUGUGGUCGCUGGUCAAGUUUACCAGACCACCGCUAUCAAGGGCUUGACUGAAGCACUCGCACCGGCCGGCUAUACGGCCGCUCAAAUUGAGGAUGCGGCUGCUGGUGCACAGAGUGUUGUCUUCCAAGAUCUGACGGGCGACCUCAGAGACAAGGCCAUCAUUGCAGUAACAAACGCUAUCCAGAGGGUUUUCAUCUUGCUCAUUGUUGCAGGCGCUGCCUCUUUCAUCGCGGCUGUGGGCAUGAAACGACACAAGCUGUUCAAGUAA